UUACCCCCACUAGUGAGAAAUAGAUUCUGUGUUUGGCAUCCCUGCGAAAAAGGCAUGCUGACUCGAAACGGCAAUAAAAUGAAAUAAAGCGGAUCUGUGAAAAAGUUUUAUUUAACUGUGCAGCGUUUAGACCGAACUGCAAACCAAGAUUUAUAUUGAUGUUGACUUUUGACUGUGAGAAAUACAUUUCUGGUGCAAUUACUCUAGUGAUUCGUUGAACAAGGUAUUCGUUUACAAUAUCACAUGUACAAAGCGGUCAAAACUAGUGUAAGGAAAGUUGAAAGUUACGUGAUACUUCAAUUAAUUGUUGAACCUAACCUCGAACUUGUAACACGGGAAGGAGAUGUCAGUUUAGCCAGUUCAAACCAGGUGUAUUACGGAUCUUUUGAAUCUCCUUAAUUUUUCUGAUUACUUACGUCUUUGCUGCGUGUUAAAAGAGGGAUGCCACGCAGCAAGCGUAGAGCGCCCUCUAGCACAAAUCAUCAUCAUACUUCUAUUGAAAUGUCACCUAGUGCCCAAGACGAGGGUAUACCAAGGCAUCCAUCUAAACGACUUAGACAUACAUCUAGUGCAAGACGUUACACAAAAACUGAAGAUGUUUCAAGUACUUCAUCCUUUUCCCAAAAACGUUGUAUCACUUGGUUUAGAGAAUACACAACACCCGAUGAUUCAGACACUCUUGGACCUGAAGGGAUGGAAAAAUUUUGUGAAGACAUUGGUGUAGAACCUGAAAAUGUAGUGAUGCUUGUUCUUGCAUAUAAAAUGAAUGCCCGUCAGAUGGGUUUCUUUACAUUAAGUGAAUGGUUGAAAGGCCUUUCGGAAUUACAGUGUGAUUCUAUUAGUAAAAUACAACAAAAACUUGAGUACCUAAGGAAUCAAUUAAAUGAUCCACAUACAUUCAAAGGAAUUUACAGAUAUGCUUAUGAUUUUGCUAGAGACAAAGAUCAAAGAAGCAUGGAUAUGGAAACUGCUAGAGUUAUGUUACAAUUACUUUUGGGAAAACAUUGGCCACUUUUUACACAAUUUGCCCAGUUCCUAGAUCAAUCGAAGUACAAAGUGAUUAAUAAAGAUCAAUGGUGCAACAUUUUAGAAUUUUCUCGUACAAUCAAUCACGACUUAUCUAAUUAUGAUUUAGAUGGAGCAUGGCCAGUGAUGCUUGAUGAAUUUGUUGAAUGGUUAAAAAUGCAGCGAGGUAAAGAAGCAUCGUCAACGGAAGUUAGAGGCAGCUGAAACAUUCAAUAAAAAUAGUCCACUGAAAUAAAACGAACUCAUCUCUUCUAUCAUCAUAUUUUGUUAAUAACAAAAUUUCUGUUUAUGUCAUAACCUCGCAACAUUUCAGUUAUCACCAUUCGUACUAUAUUUUUUAUUAAUCAGUAAUAAUGUAAGUAGCUUAUCUUAAUAUGAUUUUGCAGUAUGUUCUAAAUAGAUUCUGCUUUGGAGACUAGUUCAGUAAUAAUUAUUUAUCACCAUUCAUAGUCAAUCUAAAAUUUGUCGCAGAAACUCUUAUGAUUAGAAAUAAAAUAUUUUGGUAUAAGAUUUACUUGUGCAACUCACACAAUCUACUUUCGAUAAUAUUUUUAAAUUGACAAAGUUUUAAAUAGGACGCAUAAUAUUUUCGCUUUACUUUUAAUUAUGCUUCUUAAUAAAUCAACAAAUAGUUACAUAAAAAUUACAAAGUUGUUGAUAAAUACAUUUAAUAAAAAAUUUGUUUAUCUUAAAUAUUUGUUAUUAUUAUAUCAGAACAAUUAUAUGAAGACUAUUAAGAAGCUUUAUAAACAAAAGUAUAUUUUACAUACUGUGUAAAAAUUGUUGCGAUCUUUUAUAUUUAAAACGUACUACAUUGACACAUACUUUUAAUAUAACAUUAAAUACUCCUUAUAACUAUUAGAAAUAUUGAUUUAUAUUAAGAUCCAAGAUCUCUUCCAAAAUAUUAACAUUUAUAAAAUGCAGUUAUAAAAUUAUAAUUUAGAUAAUAUAAACUUAUACAUGAACAUUAAUUUAAUUCUUAUUUCCAGUUCAAAGAUAAUUACGAUUAAAAUCAGUCUCAAAAUACAUUUAUCAUAACAGUUUUUGCGAAAGUUUGAAUAGAUUAAUGUGUGGUGAUUAUUUAACUAAUCUUGUAAUAUAUUUUAGUUCAAUCAACUGAUUAUUUUUAUCACUUAGCAGAAUUUUUGGACAUACAUGUAAUUAAAAAUAAUAUCCCAUAAACGAAUUUUCGUCAAAUUAUAAUAAUAUAGGCAAUCACUUCUACUACAAUUUCGAAUUAGUUUAAUUAUUAAAUCAAAUUUGUUUACUUAUACGUAAAUGUAUAUUUUUCCUGCAUGUGUACUUCUAUUACAAAUAAUGUCAUUAGCAAUAUAAUAUAAAAUUAAAUUUCGAAUUUCGCUCAUAACUUCCAAAUUAAUAGUAAUCUUAAACUGAUGGAUGAAAAGUAUCUAAUGGAAAAUUAUAAACUCAUACAUAACGAAGGAAUUAGAAACAAGAAUUUAAAAUCAUUGUAUGCCGCUGCAAUAUAACUGCCAUGUGGAGAAUGCAAUGUAAUAAAGAACGUGAAAUAAAUAAAAUACUUUUUUCAA